AACAUUCUGCAAUUUGCAACUGGGCUGACCUCAAAACUGUCGGACACACACAUCUGUGACGACUGUCAGAAGAGACGAGGAGCAAAGCGCCAGAAUACAUCGGAGCCAAAGGAAUUCUGGAGGAUCUCUGUAGAAGAAGAAAAGGAGGAACUGACACACGGCUGUGUAAACUAUUGUAGACUAAGAUGGAAGUCUACACUGUUACCAUAGCAACUGGUACAUCCCAGUAUUCAGGUACCAACAACUACAUCUAUGUGACCCUGGUGGGGGAGAAGGGAGAGAGUGAGCGCACCCUGCUGGAUAACCCCGGACUGGACUUCUGUCGGGGAGCGGUGGAUCAGUACAAGGUGAAAAGCCCAACGCAUCUGGGCACCGUGCUGCUGGUCAAACUGGAGAAACAGAAGUACUGGUUGGAAGAUAACUGGUUCUGUCGCUAUGUCACGGUGGAGCCUCCAGGUGGACACGUAGUGCUGACUUUCCCGUGUUACCGCUGGCUCAUAGGAGACAUCAAAGUGGAGAUAAGAGAGGGAACAGCCAAGAUGCUGAGGGAUGACUCCUCGCCCCAGCUGCUCGCACACAGGAGGACAGAGCUGCAGGAGAGACAGGCGACUUACAGAUGGACGACAUGGGGUCCAUCGAUCCCCAGAUGUAUUGAUGCUAAAACCGAAGCAGAUUUACAUCAAGAUGUGCGCUUUGACAACGAGAAGCGGAGUGACUUUGAACAUUCAUUACACUAUGCCUUGCUGGAGUUAUCCCUGAAGAAGCUGGCCAUCACUUUCGGGAAGUCCUGGAGCGACCUGGACGAUUUUAAACGGAUCUUCUGGAAGCUGCGAAGCCCCAUAGCUGAAUACUGCAUGGACCACUGGAAGGAGGACAGUUUCUUUGGCUACCAGUGUCUGAAUGGCUCCAACCCAAGGAUGAUCCAGAGGUGCAAGAAGCUGCCAAAAAACUUCCCUGUAGUACCGAACAUGGUGCAGCGCUCCAUGGCUAACGGGACCAGCCUGGACCUCGAACUCAAGGCUGGUAAUAUCUACCUGAUGGACUACGCCAUCAUGGAUGGGAUUCCCACCAACACAAUCAGGGGCAAUCCUCAAUACAUCGCUGCUCCACUCUGUCUCCUUUACCAACACCCAGAUGAGGGACUCAUACCUAUUGCGAUACAGCUGGAGCAGACUCCGGACAUGGACACGAUCAUGUUCCUCCCCAGUGACCCGCCCCUGGCCUGGCUAUUGGCCAAGAUGUGGGUUCGUCACUCUGAGUUCCAGGUGUUCCAGUUGCUUUCUCACCUGCUCAGGACCCACCUGGUGAUAGAGGUGUUUUGUGUGGCUACGCUGAGACAGCUGCCGGCUGUGCACCCAAUCUAUAAGCUCAUGGCGCCUCACCUGCGUUACACCCUAGAGAUCAACUGUAGGGGGCGCAGUCAGCUCAUCUCGCCCGAUGGCAUCUUCAAAAGGGUUGUGUCUACGGGUGGCGAAGGCCUGAUGAUUCUGGCCCAGAGGGAGUACAAGACGCUGACCUACCGCUCUCUCCAGCCUCCCCAUGAUUUCCCUGACAGAGGCGUCUCCCAUCUUCCAAACUAUUUCUACAGAGAACACAGCCUGAUGCUGUGGGAGGCCAUACACAGUUUUGUCUCAGGCAUGGUGAACCUGUACUACCGAUCGGACCAUGAUGUGCAGGAGGAUCUUGAGCUCCAAGCCUGGAUUAGCGACAUUUCACUGGAAGGCUUCACAGAACUCCCCAACUUUGGUCUGCCCAGUAACCUCGGCACCAGAGAGGAGCUCUCCACCCUGCUGUCAGUCUCCAUCUUCAUCAGCACAGCCCAGCACGCUGCCACUAACAACGGACAGUUUGACUGGUGUGCUUGGGUCCCCAACACCCCCUGCACCAUGAGACAACCUCCACCAACAGACAAGGAUGCUGUCACCAUGGAGAUGAUCAUGGCCAGCCUUCCUGAUGUGAGCCAGUCCUGUAUGCAGAUGGCCAUCACGUGGCAUCUGGGACGAGCACAACCAGACGCAAUUCCGUUGGGUCAAUAUGCAGAUGAGCACUUCACUGAGGGGCGGGCCAAAGAGCUGAUUGACAGGUUCCAAGCCAAACUGAAGGUGAUUGAGGAGAACAUUAUGAGUGAGAAUGAAGGACUGGAGCUUCCGUACCUCUUCCUCCUGCCAAGCCGGAUAGAAAACAGCAUCACCAUAUAGGAGAGACCAACAGACCCCAUUUGCUCAGGUGAUUAAUUGGAAAUUUUUUUUAACAAGUGCCAAGUUUGAUCAUGUGUUUUUAAUUUGAAAAGGUUUUUACCACAUUGUUGUGACCAUAUAUUCUGGUAGUCACAAUGACGGCAGUUUGUAUUGAAAAGCUGGGAAGUCAUAAAAAAAAGUUAAACUUUGAAGAAGUGGGUUGGUGGCAAAUAAACAGUGUAAUCGAGCUGACUCAGUGAUGA